AUGGCUGUGAUGAGAUACAUUACUAGCCCCACCGCUCCUAUUGUGGCCAACAUGUUGUCUCUGGGAAGUGGAGAUGGCUGGUACUAUGAGUGGUUUAAGGAUAGUAACCCUCUCAGUGAAGCUCAACAGGGGAAGGAAUACACCAUUUCUAAUGUUGCUGAGUCUCAUAGAGGAGAUUAUACCUGUAAAGGAAGACAGUCAACAGAGCCGCGUUACUCAGAGACCAGUGAUGCUGUUACACUGACUGUAUCAGAUCUACCCAAACCUACACUGACUGUAGAUCCAGAGAGCUCUCUGUUCAGUGGAGAGUCAGUGACUCUGAAGUGUGAGAUUAAAGGUUAUGCUGGAUGGACGUAUCAGUGGUAUAAACUGGCUCCAUGGAGUAGAUGGAGUGCAGUGUCUCAGUCUGUGUAUUACACUGUAAACGGAGACACUCUCACCAUCAGAAGAGACUCUGUGAUUCAUGGAGAUCAGUACUGGUGUAGCGGACAGAGACGUGACAGAUCAACAUCAUCACAGUACAGUGACCCUGUUACUCUCACUGUAAAGGCUUUACCUACUGCUGAACUCACUGUAGAGCCCAAAUGGAGACCUGUGUUCAGUGGAGAGUCAGUCACUCUGAAGUGUGAGAUUAAAGGUUAUGAUGGAUGGACGUAUCAGUGGUAUAAACAGGAUCCAUGGAGUAGAUGGACUGCAGUGUCUCAGUCUGAGUAUCACACUAGUGGACUGACUGCAGUGUCUCAGUCUGAGUAUCACACUGUAAACGGAGACACUCUCACCAUCAGAAGAGACACUGUGAAUCAUGGAGAUCAGUAUUGGUGUAGAGGAGAGAGACAUGACAGAUCAACAUCAUCACAGUACAGUGACCCUGUUACUCUCACUGUAAAGACUUUACCUACUGCUGAACUCACUGUAGAGCCCAAAUGGAGUCCUGUGUUCAGUGGAGAGUCAGUCACUCUGACGUGUGAGAUUAAAGGUCAUGAUGGAUGGACGUAUCGGUGGUAUAAACACGAUAAACAGAGUGGACUGACUGCAGUGUCUCAGUAUCACACUGUAAACAGAGACACUCUCACCAUCAGAGGAGACACUGUGAUUAAUGGAGAUCAGUAUCUGUGUAGAGGAGAGAGACACGACAGACCAACAUCAUCAGAGUACAGUUCCUCUGUUACUCUCACUGUAAAGGAGAGACCAAAACCUGCGGUGUCCAUACAGCCUGAUGAUCAGGUGUUCAGAGGAGAGACUGUCACUCUCACAUGUGACAUACAGGGAGGAGGAGUCUCUAACUGGCAGUACAGCUGGUUUAAAGCUGGUUCAUCCACUGCUGUCAGUAAUAAACAGCAUUACAGUAUCAGCUCUGUUACAGCGUCUGACGGAGGAACAUACACCUGUAUAGGAGCAGUGAGAGGAACAUCACGCUACUCACACACCAGUGAAGCCGUUACACUGACUGUAUCAGGUACGACCCGUUCAGACUCUCUGACAGUCAGUCCCAGUAGAGCUCAACAUUUUAGUGCUGACUCUCUCUCACUGAGCUGUGAGGAACAGAGUAACUCUACUGGAUGGAGAGUGAGACGAUACACACACAGUGAGAAGGUGUCAGAUUGUUCAUCAGGCUGGGGAUCAGUUACAGGAUCUACAUGCAACAUCAGCUCCCUCAGCACAUCCCACACUGGAGUGUACUGGUGUGAGUCUGAAUCUGGAGAGAGCAGCAAUCCUGUCAGCAUCACAGUGACCAAUGGUGCUGUGAUUCUGGACAGUCCUGUUCAUCCUGUGACUGAGGGAGAUCCUCUGACUCUGCGCUGUUUAUAUCGUGACCCAAAGCCCUCAAACCUCACAGCUGAGCUCUAUAAAGAUGGAUCACUCCUCCAGACUCAGACUACAGGAGAGAUGACCAUCCGUACUGUCUCAAGGUCACAUGAAGGUCUCUACCACUGUAAACACCCAGAGAAAGGAAAGUCUCCACAGAGCUGGAUCUCAGUCACAGGAGCUUCGUUCUCCGUCUCCAGUCUGCUCAGUAGUUUAAUGGCAGUGUCUCCGUAUGUGCUGGUGACCAUUGUGCUGGGGGUCAAAUGCUACAGAGCUCAAGCUAGACCUGAUGAGGAGAACAAGCAGUGACAGAAGCUGGAGCAUGAUGAUGAGUGUCAUGAGUUUUACAUUAGAAUUAUUCAACUGUGUGUUUUAAACCUCUUUCUCUCUUAUUCACAGUAAAUCAGGUUCAUACUUAA